AUGGCUAUGGAAUUGGACGAUUGCAUCACGAAAGAUUGUUCCACUAUCUAUCGUUUUCAAUUUGCAAGUAUAGCUUUUAUAUGUGGUAUUUAUCUUCCAUAUACAUUUCAUUCUAAUAUAUGGUCACUUUAUACACAACCAUUUACGCCUAUUAAUUGUACAACAAUAAAAAAUCCUUUUAUACUUGGAAUAACAAAUAAUAUAGCAACAAAACCAUUACCAAUAAUACUAACAAAUAAUAAUAAUCGUUCUGAUUGUUGUCCAUGUCAUGGAAUUCAAAAUGGUAAUAUCAAUGAUAAACGUUUAAUAACACUUUGUCAAGAAUGGAUAAAAAAUAUCAAUCCAAUAGAUGUACGAAAAGCAACUAUUAUUGAUGAAUGGUAUUUGGCAUGUGGAAAUGAAAAUCGAAAACGUCUUAUGCUUGGUUCAAUUUCAUUCUUAAUUGCUGAAAUAAUCGGUAUUAUUACUAUUGGCAUUUUAGCUGAUCAAUAUGGAAGAAAAUUGAUGCUUCUUAUGUGCCUUUAUAUACCGGUGCUUUUCGGAUCAUUAGCUGCAUUUACAACUACUUAUUCUUUAUUUGUUAUUCUUCGAUGGCCUGUAGGAUUUUUAAAUAAGGGUCUUCUUCUACUUGGUUUUGUAAUGGUUAUUGAAUCAUGUGAAUAUAAACAUCGAGCUCAAAUUGGUUGUCUUCUUCUUGCAUCAAUACCUAUUUUUGGAAUUAUUAUUGGUGUUACAUAUUUUUUUUUAUUAGAUUGGCGACAUAUGCAAUUAUUGGGUACAUUAAUUGCUACAUUAACACUCUGUUAUCCAUGGCUUAUACCAGAAUCUCGUCGAUGGUAUGUAAAUAGUCAUCGUGUAUCACGUGUUAAUAAACUUUUACAAUUAUGUUCAACUAAACAAUCACCGAAAUUAGGUUUAAAUAAAAUUGGUUCACCAGCACCAACUACAAUUAUUUAUGAUAAACCAAUUUUAUCACAAAAUUCAUUACGUGUUCAAACAGGUUCAAUAUCAUGUUUAAUUAUGGAAAAACAAUUGCGUAUAAUAACUUGUUGUUUAUUUAUACUUUGGUUUAUUUCAUCAUUUUGUUAUCGAUCUACAUUUUUUCCAACAAUUUUACCACAUCCAACAAUAAAUUAUGUUUUAAUGAAUGCUAUUGAAUUUUUUUCAUUUAUUAUUGCUCUUAUUGUUGCUUAUAAAAUUGGACGUCGACCUCCAUUGGCUGUACUUAUUUUAAUUAGUGGUCUUUCUGCAGUUUCUUUAGCUAUUACAUUACUUGGAACAGGACAUACUUGGUUAGAAAUAAUAUUUUCACUUCUUGCACGUAGUUGUUUACGUACUUGUUAUUGUAUAUUGAUUUUAUUAACAUCUGAACUUUAUCCAACAUCAAUUCGAGCAACUGGUUUAGCUAUUGGACUUAUAGGUGAAAUUCUAUCAAUAAUUCUUGUGGAAAUUCUUUUUUACUUUUUAAUUGAUCGUACAUUACUUUUAUUUAUAUCUGGUGGUAUGUUAUGUGUUAGUUGUUGUUUAAUAAUACCAUUACCUGAAACAAUUCUUUAUGAUUUACCUGAUUCACUUACGGAUUUACAAUCUAUGAAACAUUCAACAUCAAAUGAUACUGAUGGUGAUAUGUCAUUAUCAUCACAACGUCAUCAUGUUAUUGAUUCUAAUACACUUCUACGUGAACCACAAACAAAUACAGCAAUUACAUCUGAUCUUAAUGAUUUAUCAUCACCACCUCAACAACUUGCACCAACACCAAAAACUAUUUUAAGAUCACAACAACAACAAACUACAAAUGGUGGAAAUGGUAAAACUGUAACAAUUCAUUCUCAACCAGAAAUUAUACAAUUACAAUCGAAUACAUCAUCAUUAAAUGGACUUUCAAAUCCAUGUUAUUUUGCUUCAUUAAAUAAUGCUAUUGAAAAAUAUGAUAUUGAACAACAUAUAGAUAAUACAGUGGUGAUCAGUAUUCGUGGUACACAAACUAGUACAAAUAAUAAUAAUAAUAAUAAUAAUAAUAAUAGCUGUAAAGAUCAUGAAGCACAAGCAACCAAAUUUUAG